GAUUGCAGCAAAAUUGGAAAGUUAAACGACAGCGUGUAGCAGUUUCAGCUCCCAGCAAUGAAGGCUUCACCUUUGAUCUUUUUGAUAGUUCAUUAUAUGAUUCGGUAGCUGUAUUCCGACCAAGUGCUCUAUCUCCCAUUCGUGUUGAACAGGACUCAGCCGGUAUGCUGGCUAUUAAUCUACCCCAAAAUUCAUGCCGUUCUCUUCGUUUUGGUUUUCUUGGUGUUGGUCUGAGAACGGAAUCUGAUAAGAAGAAUAACACACAGUCAGUUGAGACCUCAAGGGAGAUUGAGGAACAACCAGUGAAUGAUGAUGAUUUUAUUGAAAAAACACAUUCAUUACUUCGUGAAGUGCACAAGUCAAUCUUUUCUGAGCAGGUCUUUGAAAUGGUAAAUCGUGAAGCAUUUAAACAAUCUUUAGGAGUGAAUGUAACUGGAAUCCAAGAAAAUUAUCUGCAAAUGAGCAUAGGUCAGGGAACCUCUGUGUUCGUAUCACUUGCGCCAUCUAACAAGGGUGAACAAACAGUAGAUGAUACAAGCACCAAUAGUUUAGAAUCUAAAAUCUUACCUUCAGGCUCAUUUGAUGGGGUGAAGUUUGCAGAAGGAGAAAAUGAUACUCAUGCAAGGAAGUUUGGUUUUCCUAACUGUACCAGUUGUGAGAUAUAUCUACAACAGAUCUUUCAUGAAUAUGUAUUUGAAAAGUCCAAAGAUACAUCCAAGCAUAGUAUUGUUACUCGAGCGUCUGUCCGACCAGCCAAGGAUGUAUCCGGACUUCUUGGCCAUUUCUGCUUGUCACUAGCGCAUAGAAUCUUUUCAAACAGAGUUCUUGUGGAGCUGGAAAACGUGGUUUGCAAGGUUUCUUAUCUGCAUCUGAUAUCACAUCCAACAUGGCAUUCUCGAAAAUCUUCAUGGACUCUCUUUAUGAAGGUCCCUCAGUCCAUUCUUCAUGCAAGUGCUCAAGCUCGAUUACAUCACACCCCUGGCAAAAAGAAUGUAAUUAAGUCACAGUUCCGGACCAAGGUGGUCGUGAAUGAUGACUCUAUCAAUGUGGAAGGAGAAUGUGCUCCUAAUAUUGUUCGCCUGUUCAAAGGGAAUUCUGAUGAUUUAUGUUCUGUGAACAAAUAUGAUUGCGAUUUGGCAGAUCUUCCCGUGAUGAUUCUGCAGCAGGUUGCCAGCCAAGUUAUUCGGUGGCUUCACGAGGAAGCUCUUAUGGUAGGAAUAAAAGCAAACUGUGAUUUCCUUUCUUUGUCCUUUGAGCUCGAACAGGGUGAGACCGUGAGCCUGGUGGCACACGUGGACCCUGAAGACGUUCAAGGAUGCAUCUCCUGGUGGUUGGUAAUGGAGGAUGGGUUUGCAGAAGAGGGAAAACUUACUACAGAUGCACCUGAUGGUGCAUCAGACUACCGUAAGUUCUUAGGGCCUUUAUCCUUGGAUGUAUUAUACUCAACCCUCAUGGACUUGGUGAGCUUAUGCAGUGGUUGUGGUUGUGGUAGCUAAUUCCCGUGCACCCGUCAAUUAUACAAUAUAGUGAUUGUAAGAAUUAUUUAGUGCCCCGAUUUCCAAAAUUGAAUAGAUAGGGUGUGGAAAAGUGUAUAUGAUAAUAAUCACUGGCAUCGUUAGCGCCCUUGAUUAAGAUGAUGACGACAGAUUGGGCGGUGGAGUUUUCACCUUAUCUGUUCUUUUUUUUUUUUUUUAACAAAGCCCAUGAUCACCGCAGGACUUGACUGGAAAUAGGCUGGAAAUAGCUGUGACGAAUUUAAUAUACGUAUGUGUACUUUUAAAUCUGCCA